AUGAGGGGAGAUGAUUUUGAAAUUGAGCUUCAAAAAUUUGCUACAUGGUUAAAUUAUGAUAAUAACGGGAUUUUGAACAUUCCUGAAGGUUGGAUUUUGGAUUAUCUAUGGUGCGAUCUUGGUGGUAUUGGGCACAAAUGGGCAAGUGUCUAUGUAAGAUAUAGUACUUUUAAAGGUUGCCUUAGUGGAAUUCAAGUAGACACAACUAAAUGGUUGAUUUGUAAAUUGCUUGAAAUCCGAGAUGAUGAUGUUAAGAUUCAGUUUUCCAUGCUUAUUACUUUCAUCGCUUUGAAAUUGGAGAUCACUUUUGAUGAUAAUGAUAAGAUGAAGAUGAUAGAAAAGGUUCAAAAUAAUGGAUGGCAAUCGAUCAUUGUUGAAGGAAAUAAUGAAGAAGAACAAGCGGGUGAAGAGCAAAUUAGAGAAGAGCAAGAGAUGCCUUCAAUGACUAGUGAUCCCAUAACUCAGUGGUGUGGAUUGUCUGAUUCACGGAAAAAGAAACAACAACAAGAAGUGGUUAGCAACAAAAGUAGCUUUUUCUCCUGUAGCAACAACGAACCAACUUCUGCUCUUCAUAUGAGAAGAAGCCAAAGUCCACCCACUUCAGCUUCCACUCUUUCAUCCUCUCUCAACACUACCAUCACCAUCACCACCACCACUGAUAGCACAACUGGUAUCCCACAAGAACCGGUGGCUCCUUUGGUAAAUAAUGAAAAAAAGGACGAGUGGGCAACUGAGUUACAACAGAUGCCAAACGAGUUGGAGCUGAUUAACACUGGAGGUGAAAGAUGCGGUCUUGGUUUGGAAGAUUGGGAUAGCAUGUUAUCCGAAGCGAGUGAAGAACAGUCUAUAUUGAGAUGGAUCGCUGGGGAUGUGGACGACGCGUCAUUUGGACUAAAGCAGCUGUUGCACAGUGGCGGGAAUGGUCAUAACCCUCGUGCUGAUUUUGAUGGCAAUACUGGUUGUAAUAUGGGGAUUAUUGAUCAAGGUUCAAAUUUUGAGUCGAUAGGCGGUGGUCUUGUCUCUGGUAAUGUUAAUGUCAUUAAUUCAGGUGCUUUUUCUUGCUCUGGGUUUGUGUCAAACAACAAUAAAAAUGAGAACGGAAAGAUUGCUGCUGCUUCUUCUGGGUUGGUUAAGCACAAGGCGGUUAUUUUGCAAAGCAACAAUUCUAAUAAUAUGUCAAAUGCAAAUUUUUGUUCAACAGGUAACAGCAAUAUGCCUGUUGUUGGUCCAGUUUCUUUGCCUCCUGGUGUGAUUUACCAACGUUCUCUGUCUCAACACUUUGAAACCCCAGAAAAAAAUCUACAGAUCCUCAAUCCUCAAAUAUUAAUGAACCACCAAGACCAACAGGUGCACUCUCAACAAAAUCCAAACUUUUUGUCGCCUGCAACUUAUACUCCUCAACAGCAAGAUCACCAGCUGCUUCAACCACAACCAAAGCGCCACAACUCUGGAGCAACAAGUUUAGACCUUUCCCCGCAUCAUGUGCUCAAACCACCCUUGUCUGAUCCAGCCCGUGAGUUGUUUCUAAGAAACCAACAACAGCAACAGCACCAGAAGCAGGUGGGUUUUCCUCAAAAUGUGCAGUUUCUUCCUCCUCAUCUUCAUCAAAAGCCUUUGAUGGUCACAAAAAAGGCAAAGGUUUUAGGACCAGAGAGUGAGGAAAUGAUUCGUCAACAACAUGUUUCGCUCGACCAGCUCUAUAAAGUUGCAGAGUUGGUAGGGACUGGGAGUUUCUCACACGCGCAAGGGAUAUUGGCGCGGCUCAAUCACCAGCUCUCUCCUGCAGGUAAGCCCUUUCAAAGGGCUGCGUUCUACUUCAAAGAGGCUCUGCAGUUGCUGCUUCUCAUCAAAAACCAAGCCCCUCCACCACGUACGCCAACCCUUUUUGAUGUUGUUUUUAAAAUGGAAGCUUAUAAGGUGUUUUCUGAAGUGUCUCCUAUUAUUCAGUUUGUCAACUUUACUUGCAACCAGGCUCUGCUAGAGGCUCUUGAUGAUGCUGAUAGAAUCCACAUUGUGGACUUUGAUAUUGGCUUCGGUGCUCAGUGGGCUUCAUUUAUGCAGGAGCUUCCAAUUAGGGGUAAUAGGACUUCUCCUUCAUUGAAAAUAACUGCUUUUGCUUCUCCUUCCACUCACCAUCCUGUUGAGCUUGGGCUUAUGCGUGACAAUCUGACACAGUUUGCUAAUGAAAUUGGUAUUAGUUUUGAGCUUGAUGUGGUUAACUUUGAUUCUUUGGAUCAAACCUCUUAUACACAGCCUAUUUUUCAAUCAAAUGAAAAUGAGGCAGUCGCAGUUAAUUUUCCUGUUUGGUCAUAUUCAAAUCAACCAUAUGUAUCACCCUCUCUCAUUCACUUUGUGAAGCAGCUUUCACCGAAAAUUGUGGUGUCAUCAGAUAGAGGAUAUGAAAGAAAUGACCUAUCAUUUCCAGAUUAUAUUCUUCAUGCCCUCCAGUCAUACAUAAACCUAUUGGAAUCACUAGAUUCCGUUCAUGUUAAUUCUGAUGUCAUGAACAUGAUCGAGAAGUUUCUUCUGCAACCAAGGAUUGAAAGUUCUGUUUUGGGGUGGAUCCGAGUCCUAGACAGAAUGCCUCUGUGGAAAACACUCUUUGCCUCGGCUGGAUAUUCCCCUGUCACAUUCAGUAACUUCACUGAAACACAAGCAGAAUGUCUAGUGAAGAGGACUCCAGUUAGGGGUUUUCAUGUUGAGAAGCGCCAGGCAUCACUUGUGCUUUUUUGGCAAUGCAGAGAGCUGAUCUCAGCAUCAGCUUGGAGGUGCUGAGGAGCAAACGUUUUGCAAACGAGGGGAUUUUUUUAAGCUAAUCACAAUCUACAAAGAGGUUCCAACUUGCUCUCCUUCAAAUAUUAAGUGAAUAAAAAUAUUUAACUGUGUUAUUGGUACAUCAUUCAUGGUUUAAUCCUUGUGAAUUCUUUUGCUUGUGAGUUUCCUCUUUUUGUUGUCUAUCUAGUCUAUGGAAGAGACUUGAGCUUCCAGUUUUACAUAAACUGGAAAAUCUUAGUAGUCUUGUUUUGGACAUGAAUAUAUUGCCAUAAUAUUUUGAUGUUUUCAGUAUGAGAAGCUGCAUUUUCUUCUGGUAAGGGGAUGUUAGUUUAUUGUAUAUGGACUACAAAUAAGAACUAUCAAUGAAUAGAACUUACCAGGUUUUCAGUUUA